AUGCUGAAGCAGCAGCAAAAGCAGCAGGGGGAGGAAGUGGGAGACUGCCCAUACGUGCGCCUUGCCUCCAACCUAACAGCAGCAUCAGCGGCAGCACCCACAACACUAGCCGCAACUACAGCAAGGGAUGCAGCAGAGGAGGCACUGCAGAUGUGCUGCUGCAACAUGUGCGGGCUUGAGGCCUCCGAAGAAGGCGACGUGAGCCGAGAGGAUUUGGGAUCUUGGCAGACUUCCUGCGAGUUCGCUCCUACUGUAGAGGACGGCCUGCCCAGCAGUUGUCUUUCACAGGAAGACCGACGGCUUCUGCUCCGCGAAGCUUGGAGUGAGAGCGUAGUAAGAGAGGCCCAGCUGCAGCAGGCUACGGCUGCAGCAAGAGCCUCCACUGCUGCAGCUAAUGCUGCUGCUUCAGGGGAUGCACCAGUAUUGCCCACUGCGCCGUAUCGGCCACUUCUGAGAGUGGUGCAAGAAGACCUCCCUCCUCUAACGGGAGAUCCUUGCGGUGAUGGGAAAUAUGGGGCGCAGCAACAACAGCAACAACGACAGCAGACGCCCUUCAGCUUUGUAACUAUUCGACAGAUCCAAAGAACUCGUAGGGAGCCAGACGAUGCUACUCUAUCUGCAGAUACAGAUCAAGUGGGUAAGCAGAAAAAUGCUGGCUCUUUGUUGCUGCACGCAUCGCUGAAGCACCGUAUUUCUUCACCCUUCCUAGAUUGUGGCAGCAAAACACACCUUUUCUUUAAGAUCAAGGGAGGCAACAGCAGGGGGAGCAGCAACAAAGGGAACAGCAACAAUAACAGCAGCGCAUACCCACCGGCUCAUUGUUGCUGCAUUGCUGAUGUCCAAGUGCACACGCCCUCUCUUUUGCUACGCCCGUCAGCAGCAGCCCGCAACCAGCCUGGCACGUCCCAGCGGCUACUGCUGCACCUGCACCCCGCGUACCUCACGCUUCUGGAGAGGCAGCAACAGGAGGAAGAAGACACAAAGCCGUGGACUGCAGCAGGAGAAGCCCUGCUUCUUCGCGCCAUAUGGUGCUGCCGCGUGGGAGAAGCAGCAACAUUCCAGGUGUAUCUGCAUAGCAGCAAGGCAGAAGAGCAACAGUUCUUUUGUGCUUUAUCUGUACACGUCAUUGACAUCCUACCGCUUCCUUCACUCUGUAGUUCAGUUCGAGAGGACAGCAACAGCAAAAGCAGCAGCCCAGUGACCAAAGAGCAGGGCGCUCCUGACCUGUGUCAGCAACAGCUGUUGCGGUGUAUCCAGUGGCAGAAAGCCUUGCUGCUGCUGCAGCGUGAGCUGCAGCAAUUUGCAGCAGGAUGCAUUGCUUUUCUUCUGCAGCAGGAGGAGCACCCCACUCCUCUGCUGCGUCAACUCUUGACAUGCACUUGCGAAGCUUGUCGACUCCCUCCAGAGCCCCCAGAUGCUGUGGUGCAGCAGCAGCAGCAACCCCAGCAGCAGUCAGAUAGCACCGGGUACUCAAUGCCUCGCCGUUACAGCAGCAUGUCCACUGCUGCAGCAGCAGCUCGAAGUUUAUUUGACACUGCUGCUGCACAGCCGCAGCGGCAACAACAACAGUCCAGCGGAGGAAAGCUAAUGGGUCUUCUUUUACGAGGCAGAGGACGGAUUUCAAGGCCGAAGACAGAUCGAGAGCAGCACCAGGAGCUGCAGCAGCUGCCGCAGCAGAGCAGCGGCCCCGUGGUCCGUAGCCUGAGCCGCCAGGGCCUAGCGUCAACUCUCAGGCGCCUCCGCAGCCGGAGCAUCGACAAGUUGGUAAGCCAGCAGCAGCGACAGCAACAGCAGCAGGAGCCGCAUGUCCCAGCGUGUGGUCCACCCCCAGACAUUGCAGCAGCAACAGCAGGAGGAGUGACACCCCCUACAGCUCUUCGUAUGGGCAGCACCGCAUCAGACGCUGACCCUGGCAGCAAAGUAGGUCCUUUACGGGACACUGGAGGGACAGACUUAUUACGAGUGCUCGCAGGUGCCCGAAGGAUCAGCCUCGCUCUUUUCCUUUCUGAUUUUAAGCAAUUUCUGGAUGGUGCAUGCGACAACAGGAGUAACAGUGUCAACAAAGGCAACAGAGACGACUUUUUACUCCUCAUGGCCUACCGCCGUCGCCUGAGGGACCUGCUCUUGCAAGGAGUGUGCAUUCAGGGCGUUAUAGUGCAGUUGAUUGGGAGCACCAGGCUUUGGCAGCAGCUGCAACAGGAGCAGCGGGCAGCACAGGCAGGAAUAUGGCGUCAGCAGGAAAUGCCGCUCUCUCCCUUGUUUCUGCUUUUGGAGUUGGGUGGACUCCGUUUUUUCGUUUGUCCUGCACAACUGUCGCAGCAGCAGCAAAGUGGUGUAAAUAGCCAGCUGCCACUGCUACUAUUUGUGCAGCGCUUUUUAGGGGGAUACCAACACGAGGUAGAAACAACAGCAGCGGCAGCAACAGCCGCAGUUGAGCGUGGCCUCGAAAAGACCGGCAUAAAUGAGAAACUUCAGGAGCAGCAGCAAGACGAACUUUGGGUUCCUUUGGCCGUCACUGACCCGUUGCCGUCACUUCCCCACUCAACAGUUGCUUUGGCUGGAGGUCUGUGCGCUGAUGCUGAUGCACUUGAAGCAGCAGGAGACACGUUCUGGAUGGUACAGCAACGCCUCUCGCAACUACUAAACGAUCAAGGGGAGCCGCACCAGCAGAGAAAGCACGAAGAGCUUCAUAAGCAAUGCCAAGAGGAGUGCCAGCUACGGCGAAUGUAUGGCCUUGUAUUUGAAGUUGGCCAAGAACUACCAUCGUUUAUCCCUCUAGAGAUUUCUGGUGCUGCAACGCACAAACAGAGGCAGCAGGCGUUCUUGAGGGCAGCAGUAGCGGCAGCAGCAGCGACAGCAGAGGGCGCUUUGGCCGUCAAUGAUGUUGAAGUGCGGCAACAGCACAUCUGGCAACCAAUACAGCACUGUCCUCAUGUACGUCAACACUCUUGCGCUUGCGACAGCGUGGCAGACUCUCAACUAAAACAAUUUUGCAGCAGCAGUAGCAGGAGCAGGGAAACAUUCUGCCAUCGAUGUAGAGUUGCGGCGGCACCCAUCACGUGGCCUGCAGCCGCUGCAGCCGCUGCAGCAGACGGAGAUAUACCCGCUACCGACUACGUCUACGGGGAGUCAUACGUCUGGACAUCCGAAUGUGCCGCAACUUGUUUCUCUGGAACGCCCAUAGAGUCGACUAGUGUCGCCGUGUUGCCUAAAGCAUCUCUUAAAUGCAACCGGUGCUGCAGUUUGUUUAGCGGGAGUGGCAGCAGUAACAGCUGCAGUAGUAGCAAAUGCAGCAGCACCUGGAGAAACCGAGCCAAAGCUGUAGCAGAGGCCUUCUUGAGAUGGCAAAUACCCCACACUGAUGGACCUACAAUACAAGCUGCUUUAAGGCGAGAAGGAAUUUCUGCUGGUGUCGGCUUGUGGUUGGUGUUUGACGAACUGCUGGUGCUCUUGCAUCAAGAUCCUAUGCAACUGCCAGAAUGGUGUGGGGGCGACAGGAAGGCGGCUGCAGCAGCUGCUUCUGCUGCGGCUGCUGUUGCGGAGAAGCGAUCGCAUAUGCUUCCUUGCAGCAGCAAGACACAGUUGAUUGCUACUGCAGCAGCCUGUGCCCUCCUAGGCUGCGCUCUGCAGAAGGUGCUCCGGUACGAGCAGCAGAUCUGCUGCAGCUGCUGCAGCGCAACUUCUGUCUGUCGACACUUCUCUGAUUGCACCACCUUGUGGGCAUUUUCAGGUGGAGCCAAACGGCUUAUGCAAGAGCAGAAGUUGAGGGUUUCGCCAUCAGUGGCAGCAGCUGCCCAAUCAGCAGCAGCACCAGCAGUACCGGCUCCAUCAGCAUGUAAUCCAGAUAUCAGUGAGAGCUGCUUGCUCCUGUUUCACCGCCGCGUUUGCCUAUCGCUUGCGUUAUCUCUUGUUCGAGCUCAUGCUUUAAGUCCCAUGCUGCUUCCGCUACCCGUGUUGCUGCGGUUCUGCAUCUCCACCGCGUUAAGGAGCCCCUCUGUCCUUUUUAUCGAGCUGCAGCAGCAGCACCACGCACUACCCCUUUGUCGCUACAGGCAUGCUCGUCAGAUAUGUGCUGAAACAGGAAUAAUGUCAGUAGCAACAGCGGGAUCGCCAACCGGAACACCUUUUGAGUGCUUGCAGUGGGGCCGCGUGGCCGUCAAGCCUCCGUUGCCUAACGGCACAGCUUGUCUUUCGGUGCUCCUGCUGACACAGUUGGUGUUGCAUCCUGCUAAAGUUGAUACUCCUCUUGUGGACUCCCAGGAUUUGUACGGAGAUGGAGAUCUGGUAGGGGCCCCCUUGCUGGACCGGUGGUGGUUGGACGCCCAAGGCGCGUUGGCCGCCUGUACCCUCCCAUUCCAAGAGCGUCAGCUCCGACCUUCGCUGAUCAGAAAAGUUGCUCCCACUGAAGCCUCCCUACCGCACCCCUUCAAGGCGCCAAAGGGCUUUCAUGGGGAGGCUGUGAAACAAAUUUUGUCCCCUGAAUUUAUUGCUGCGGCCCCAGCAGCACUACGAGGUGGCCUUCUUUGUCAGCUGCUACUUCUUGCGCUGGCCCCACCCGAGCCAAAGUUGUGGACGGCAUAUCGCAUCGAGCAGGAGCAACACAUUCAGCAGCAGCAGCAGCAGCCCCACCAGCAGCAACAGCCGGGGUACGUUUUGGGAAGACGCCUUGACGGCAUCUCGGCAUGGGCGGACGACCACUUACUCCGGCUGUUGAUGUUGUUGCUGCUGCAAUUCGACAGCUGGCUCGGCUUCUCCGGGCUCUCAGAACAGCAGAAGGCGGAUUGUCCCGCUGUGAGACAAUCGGCAGCAGAAGCAGUAGAGUCCGAUGGUUCUCGUCUUGUACCCUAUGGUCUAGAAGGCGGUUUCUGUGCUCCCGGGAGCAACUUAAGGCAGCAUCAAUUGAAUCUGUUUGCUGCUCUUUCCAACGCAGUUGAGGGAAUUCGAUUAGGAGGAGCCCAGGGAGCAGGCCACCCCUUUGCUUCUCUUCUGAGCUGGUUGUUGCUGUUGAUAGCCUACUGUGGCUGUGCAAUUCCAGAUGCUGCAUUAAGCAGAAACAAUAUGGACAACAGCGGCAGCAGCGCCACUUAUAAAAACGAAAUCGUUGGUUCCUUGGUGGAGACAGCGGCUGCAGCGACAGCCCGUGUUGGAGUGUAUUCGGACCUGUUGAGGGUGCUGCGACUGAGACUUGGUGUUUGCCCACUGCCAGUUGGUCCUCCCCAUCUCGUCCCCCGCCACCUUCCACUACUGCCUCUCCUCUCAGUGGAUAAGCGUGUGCUUCCCGCUGAAUGCAAAGGCGUAAGUGGAUUUUCAGGCGAUUGUAACCCCGCUGAUACUGCCGCUGUUGCUGCCGACAGCAGCAGUCCUGUUGCUGCUCAGCAGCGGCAGAAACUGCAGCAGAGUAAGCCGUCAGUGCUUGCGCCGUCUGAACUGGCUCGCCCGACAUCCCCACUAGCGAGAAAACAGCAAGAGCAAGCCUCACGGCUCUUUGGGUGCACGUACACCCCGAAAUAUCCAGAGCACCGUCACUGCCACCUACCCGAUCCCCUUCUGCAGCCACACGUGUCAUGUGCAGUUGUCCUCUACAACCUAAAGCGACUAGGGGCACCUGUCAUACACUGGAGCUCUGCCAUCUGCCCCAGAGGAGACUUGGGGGACCCCGCCGCAGAAUGGGCGGUUGCUGCCGUUGUCGGGAGCGCUGCUGCUGUAGGAGCAAACGACCCAACAACGUACAAAAGCCAGGUAAAGGAUGUUGAAGUGGAAGAGAACUCGGUAUCUCUGCCACCAUAUGCGCUUAAGGGAGAAUGCUGCGAGCACGUUCUUCAAUGGCUGCAGUGGCAGCAGCAGCCACAGCCCCUUUUGUUCACUUGCGGACUAAAUGAAGAAGGGCCCCUUGGGCUUGGGGAGGCGGCCUACUUCCCUGUAGAUCCAGUUUUAGAAGAACGCGACAACUUCAUCAAAGCAGCGAAAGGGACCGAUGUCUGGUUCUGCUGCCAGCCACAGCAGGUGGUGGCUCUACCUGGGGAGAUCCGCAGUGUUUCAGCAGGGCUCAACAGUAGCGCAGCUGUCACUUCGCAGGGCCACCUCUUUAGUUGGGGGGCCGUUGAUGGUUAUGCGGAAGACACGGACUCCGGCAGCAGCAGCGGCAGCAACGGCAGCAUUUGCGGCAUCUUGAGAAGGCAUCCCGCUGACCACUCGAGAGACCACGGGCUACGUGAGGCCCUCCGCUUCUCUUGGCUAGAUCUUUCGCUGUUCUGGACACCAACAUCCGCUGCAGGCUCGCAACUCGUGAUAGGACAAAAGGAAGCUGCAAAGUGUUCCAGGGAGCAACAGCAGCAGCAAGAAGUGCGGGUCUUUCUACCGGCCUUGCUUGGGGGAAACCGCUGUGCACUCUCUCCCCGAAAUGAACUUUCCCGUUCUGGUCCAGUAUUUUCUGCCGUCUGCUGCGGCCCCGACUUCUGCGCUGCACUUACCGUUACAGGGAGUCUUUACACGUGGGGCCACAAUGCAAGUGGCGUCUUGGGUCAUGGAGACACGCACAGCAGGUCUCAACCAACUCCAUUGUCUCUUGAUCAGUUUCUCUCCCCUUUCGUCGAUAAGCAGCAGCAUCCGCAGCAGCAUUUGCUGCAGGUGGCUUGUGGUAAUUCCCAUAUGGCAGCAGUAACAGCAGCAGGGUGUCUCUUUGUGUGGGGCAGCAACAACCACGGGCAGUGUGGCCUCUCAAAGGAGACCAAUAUCAUUCUUUUUCCCCAACAACUACUGCUGCUUGACCUUUCUUGCGUGCCACUCAGCAUGCUCACACUAAUUCACUCGAUUGUCGCUACAAACGGCAGCGUAAACAGCACCAGUACGAGUCAGGGGGGCUGGUUCGAUCUGGGAUAUGCCCCGAAAGGAGACACCAGAGGGGCUCUGGUGACAGCAGACGCUGCAGGGCUCUCAUUUUUAGUGGAGGAAGGGGGUGCGCAGCUCAGGUGCCUGGCUGACUAUCUUAUCAGAUUCUCGCAAGUCGCUUGCGGCUCUCUGCAUACGAUUUCUCUGGGGACAACCUCAGGGCCGCCUUCUGAAGUGACAGACAAAGCGGCCCCCAAGUGCCUGUACACAUGGGGAAGCAACACCAACAACUGCUUAGGUUUCGCGGCGCCACCUGCAAUGACAGUGGUUCCACCCGCCCGAAUUCCUGACGCUUCAUUUUUUGUGGAAGGUCUACAGCCGAAACAGACGCAACAGCAGCAAAAACCGCAUCAGCAACCGCAGCAACAGACGCUCCACAUCAAGCAAAUCUCCGCAGGCGGCAUCACGAGUGCAGCUUUAUCAGAUACAGGAGAUUUGUGGCUCUGGGGAGACGUGCAGUCUUUUGUGACUAGCGACGACUCUCCCGAAUGGUCUGCUGCGCUCCCCAUGCCAUUCGAGCUUGUCGAGGAUGUGGGGUUCUUCCUUCAACAGAAGAACCCAGAGAGAGUCCGUUUGUCGCUGAGCAGCGUAGCUUUUGCUGCUGAGGGGGCCCGCCUGUUGCUACUUACAAAGGAAGGAGACCUGAUUGCAGUCGGUGAUGGCUGCGUGCAGCAGCAGCUUCUAUCUGUCCAUCUCACUAAACAAAAGCUACUGCAACAGCAACAAGAUUCCUGGAACACAGCCGCAGCAACCAUCGCCCCUCGAUUCUGGGCCGAUAAGAGCCGCCAACAGCGGCUAAGGGGGGCCUGCAGAAUUCACGUCCCGCACCGGAGAAUAGUAGAGGGCGCCGCUGGGCUGGACCACUUCUUGCUAAAGACUGUCGCAUCAGAUGCAGAAGACCAUUUGCUUCCUGAGAAGCCACUCGAGUACCUCAUGCAAAUGCACAGGCCUCCGCCCGAACUGCGCUGCCGACACCCAGCAACCCCGAGCCGCAGCGGCAGCAGCAGCAGCAGCACCUCCAGCGCCAGUAAUAGCGGCGGGUCCAUCAUUGCCAACAACAGCGGGAAUAGCAACAGCAUCAGCAGCAGCAGCAGCAGCACCGCAGAUUGCACACGAAUGACGAGCUACAGCAGCAGCAGUGGGAAAACGUCGACAAAGGAGCCGACAAAGCCUUCAGACACCUCAGGUCCGCAACGGCCAUCUGUUUCGUUAAGGAGCCACAGCGCCACUCCUGCGUGUACCGCCAACAGCGGCCAGCAAGAGCUAAAACAGCGGGGGCAGCAGCAUCAAGCUAACUCAGCAACGAGACAGCUAUGGGAAGCGACCUCUGCAACUUCGAGCAGCGGCAGUACGGGCCUGUCCUUCGCUGCAGCAGCCCGAGAGGCUGCAGCUGCUGGCUUGCACUUGACUUUAAGACAUCUGGCCAGCGCCGGAGAAGAAGCAGCAAAGGCAGCUGCAGCUAGAGCAGCAGAAGCAGCGGAAAAAGUCGUGGAUGGACCUGGAGCUGCAGUGAUGGAGGGGCUCCUAGAUCACCUAGACAGGCAAGUGCACAACUUCUCAGUGGGCUAUUGCAAAUGCGUCGUGACAGCAAAUACUCCAGCUACUAUAAAUGAGCUCAUAAAUGUUCUACUUGCUUCGAGUCUACCUGGUAUUUUUCUCAGGGGCUCAGGCGUUGUCCUUAGCGCUCUCAGCAGUGGUAUUUCCUACAUUCUUCCCCGCUGCAAGGUACCUGCUACCUCUGCCACAGCAAGCCCUGCAGCAGCGACAAAAGCAACAGCAAUAAAGAAAACCGCAACUGCAAAAUGCAUCAACCAGCAAACCAGGGACGUUACAAAAGGGGCACACCUCGUUGCCGCACCGGUUCGCCAUUCUGGUGCAAUCCCUUGCAGGCCUCCUUUGCCGUUUCCCGAGACACAAGGGCCAGAGCCUGUUCCUGCAGUUCGAGUAGGCCUGCCCCACGCUUUGGGUGCUUCGCUCCGGCCACUGCUGCCGCAGAGGCCGCCACAAUACCCUUGGGAGCAGCAGCAGCAGCAGCAGCAGCAGCAGCGAAAACCAAUUUAUAGCAUGCCUCCCCGGUCUCAGAGCUUAACGACCCUCCCGUCUUACGUGGCAGAGCAAAGGGGCAACCACCUCCAACAGAAGCCUGACCCCAUGCUGCAGCAGCAACUGGAGGCAGAGAGGCAAGAGGCGUGGGAGCGCCUAACAUCUAUUGGCAGACUUAACUGUACUGCUUCCGCCACAAUCCAACGCUUGGGGAUGCGCAGUCAGGUCGAGCAGCAACUGCCGCUUGCCACGCGUUCUCUCAGGGGAGGUACCUCAGCCGUGCAGCUUCCUGACAUUCCCCAGCAGCAGCAACAGCACUGCAGCGAGAACCUAAAGGAACUGCUUAAGAGCAACACGGCGCCUGCUGUGCUGCACCGGGUACACGAGGAAGCGCCUCUCAAUGUAGUGCCCGAGCGGCAGACUGUUGGCGCGGCGGCUGCUGCAGCAUGGGAACAGCAACAACAACGAGCCGAGAGGCAACAGCUGCAGCGGCAAGUGCAACAGCAGAUGGAGCAACAGGAAAAGCUGCAACAGGAGCGAAGGCAGAAACGCCAGCAGGAGCAGCAACAGCCUUCAGGGUGGACUACGCCUUCUCCAAGCACGUCGUUCUCUGGAAAUUGGCCGCAGCAAUUAGAAAACCCUGUCAGCGGCAGCGGCGCUGCGGCUGCUGCUCUUUCUGUUGCUGCAGCUGAUGAGGCAGAGGAUGAAGGUACACUAAAUCUGCUGUACUAUCCACAGCAUGACACUAUGAGCAGCAAUAACAGCCGCCACAGUCUUGCCGCAGCAGCCCUUGUGAGGCCCGCUUGGCAGCAGCAGCAACAGCAACUGAGAAUCUCCUCAGAAGGACCACCCCAACACCUGACGGUGCCAUCCUUUUCGCUUGCCCCCAUGCCUCUUCAUGAAGCAGCAGCAGCUUCGGGUGCAGCCCAGCUGACUUACACACGAAAGACAACUGCAGCCUCUUUCUGGCCCUACUCUGGGGAGACUUUAGAACAGCAACAGCAGAAGCAAAUGCCGUUGGCGCCCCCUUCUUUCCCGCUCUCUGCGUAUCCGCAGCAGCAAAAACAGCAGCAGCAUCAACAGAUUUUCCCUUCAUCUUUGCCAUCUGCGUAUUCGCAGCAACUGCAGCAACAGCAGGCGCCGCAGCAGAUGAUGGUAGUGCCUGCGUCGUUCCCGCCUUCCCUGUACCCGCAGAAGCAGCAACAGCAGCAUACACAGCAGCAACAGGAGCACGAGCAGCAGCAGUGGGCGUCGCUUGCGUGCUGUCCAACUGGGGGGGUCGAUGGCCUGAGUGCAUCUUACUUGCCACAGCACUCUGCUGCCUAUUUCCCCGCUCAGGAUUCGAACACUGCUCCUGCAACGGCAGCAGUGACAGCAACAGCACUUAAUGCCUGCAACAGUGUUAGCUUACAGAACGAUAACAGGAACUCUAACGGAGCUCUCUCGGGGGCCUCCUUCUACAGCCCAGAUACCCUGGAGUCGGUCUUGCUGGAUAAUCAGCAGCUGCUGCGGCAGAUGCAGCAGCAGCAGAUGUUGCAGCAGCAGCAAACUGCAGCACACGGUAUCCUUCACAGCAACGCUCCCCAGAAGCUGCGACUCGUACACCCGAGCGAGCUCAUUUCCCAACAUCAGCACCCACAAGGCAUACCACAGCACCAGCAAAACGAAUUCCUGCUGAUGGACUCCUCACAGUAUCAACACGUUGUGAAGCAGCAGCAACAACAAAUACUGCAACAGCAGCGCCUAAUGGAGCAGGAGCAGGUCCACGCCCGUCCGGCAUGGGACUAUGGAUCCACUUUGCCGCAGCAGCAGCUGCAGCGCUUGCCACUGCCAGAAGAGCUCCACCUCCAGCAAGCUCAUUUGCAGCAGCAACAGCAGCAAUCGGAUGAGAUGCUCAAACUUGAUUAUUUGAAGCAGCAGCACACCUUCCUGAGCCACAUGCAGUAG